AUGAAGUAUGUGUCAUUCGACAGAAAUGACAUUGACAAGCAUUAUCAGAAAGUGGCAGAGAUAUACUUCGAGGUCGGUGGAGACAUCAAUCUGAAGCAAGCCUUUGUCUCUUCCCUUCCUAAGUUGUUGGCAAGUCGAACCAUGACCAUAAUUGAAGAAAAGUUUCAGUCCCAUAACCAUCCCUCAACGCUUGACAAAGCUUGCCGCAAAUCUGAUCUGCAUACCGGAUCAGGAUGUUCCUGCCACACAUCUAGGCGACGGAGAGGAUUCAGGAGGUUCAGAUGGCAAAGGAUUCCAGAUGAGAAAUCAAGGUCCAGGAGGCGCAAAAAAUAUUUUCGACGAAGGAGACCAGGAAAUUUUCACAAAAAUAACAGAUGCUUUAUUUUUCACAAGAUUGGACAUUUUGCAAAAACUUGUCCCCAAUCGAGGAAAUCUGUCAAGCUCUUGCAAGAAAUUGAAGAUUACAUUAGCAUACAUCUCGAAAAAGAAGACGACCUCGAGUCUAUGUUCUCUAUGGACGAUGAACCCACUGAAGAAACCUUAUUCUCUCUUGAUAUAUAUGAAGAUCAUGGUGAUGACCACUAUCAAAUUUCCGAACCAGCCGCUAAAGCCCAGGAAGAGAUCAAUGCUAUCAUAGUCAUCCCUCAAGUGGAGCUCAAGGUUUAUUCAUCCAAACGGGAUAAACCAACUCAAGUCACUGCUUUCAUUGAUACUGGAGAUGCUUGUUUACUCAUGAAUCCUGUUGUUCUCCUGGAAGAUCAAUGGGUUCCUGAUACAUUAGAGGAACAUGUCAACUUGCUUCGUCAAUUUGAGGCAUUGGUAACACAGUAUGGGAUCAUGCUUUCAGCAAAAAAGAUGGUUUUUGCUCAAAAGGAGAUUGAUUUUCUCGGAAUGCAUUUUGUCCAAGGUGCAUACAGUCCAGGACCACAUAUAUGCCCGGAACUACUCAAAUUUUUAGAUACCAGCCUUACAAUAAAGCAUAUCCAACAGUUCUUGGGUGUAGUCAAUUAUGUAAGAGAUUUCAUCCCAAAUACCUCUACGUACAUUUCUCCGCUCACAGAGAUGCUCAAGAAAAAUACACCAUCAUGGGGAAAGAAACAAGAUGAAGCAGUUAGAGAAAUAAAAGAGAUAUCUAAAAAUGUCAAGUCCCUCUACAUCCCUUCAGAAGGCAAGAAGAUACUGCAAACUGAUGCCAAGAAUGAAUAUUGA